AUGGUUGACGAUAGCUACUAUAUCACUCCCCAUGAAACUGCUUUAGCAGUGGUGGCAACAGCUAUGAAGAAGGCAAGAUUGCAAUUGGACACACUGAUUGUUAACUCAAUCAUGGGAGGUAUAUUUUUCAGCGCGGGUGGUAUGCUUUUUUUGUCUUGUCAUGCCAAUAAUCCAGAAAUACUAGCUAAUAACCCAGGCAUGCUGGACUACCUGGGUGCAUUGACAUUUUCAAUCGGUUUAUUUUACGUGAUCAUCAAUGGUACAGACUUGUUCAAUUCUAAUAUUUUAUUUUUCACCGUAGGAGUUCUCCGAAAAGCUGUGUCCAUAUAUGAUCUGUUGAUUAGCUGGGUUAUAAGUUGGUUUUUUAACCUGGGGGGCACAUUAUUUGUCAGCUACGUGAUCUGCCACUUGUCAAAUGUGACCCGCACUGAAGGUUAUAUUACUGCUUCACGACAGUUUGUCGCGGAAAAGGCAUCCUUCAGUUUCAUCGAAACAUUUAUCAAGGGAAUCGCGGGUAAUUUCUAUGUUUGUCUCGCAGUUUAUUUGCAAUUAAUGGCGAAACCAAUUCACGUUAAGUUUAUUUUGAUGAUGCUGCCUGUUUUUACGUUUGUGGCUAUGGGAUUCACUCAUGCAGUUGCCGACAUGUAUUUGCUUACAGCAGGAAUGAUUAAUGGGGCAGAUUUAUCCGUUGGGAAGCUUAUUUGGAAGUUAUUCAUCCCCUCUAUUCUGGGUAAUAUUGUUGGAGGAUGUGGAUUCUCCAUUAUUGUUCCAUUUUAUUUGCAUCUAGUUGUUGUUGAGAGGGACAGAAGAAAGCUGGCCUUACCUCAGUACGAUGCUAGGGACGAACAACCGGAGUUGAACGUGGAUUCUAGGGUGGUAAGGAUAUCAUCGAAGGAGGCUAAAGAGGAAGAAGAUGAAGCAGACAUUGACGAAGAAUUAGAUUCUGAUGAAAAGAACGACACUUUUGGGCACAUUAGUAGUGAUUCAUCUGUAGAUCCAAGGUCAGAAGCCCCACUAGAUUACAGACCAGAAAUGCAUAAUAGUCAGAGCACUUUGCCUAGUGUCGCAAGAACUAUGUCUGCAUUAUCACGAUUAAACUCCAGGGGUUACAUAUCGAAAUCACGUCCUCUGAGAUCUCAUGUGAUGCGUUCGCCUCCCGGUGUUUUCCCAGUUAGAGGAAUGGGCGCGCCAUUGACGCGGGAAAUGACAAUUGCCGAUGAAGGAAGUCCGCCUCGCUUGGAGAAUCAGUCGAGUGCUUUGCAAAACCCAAAUCCGAGCCCGAACCUCGUUGAUAAAUUGCAAACUUCUGAUGGAGUACUGAUACAUGAUGAUAUGAAUUCUAAUCUUGAUGUUUCUUCCAUACUAAGUUCACCAUCUCUUGCUCCAACGAUGCGGUCCGGUAUCGCGCGUAAACUAGCAUCCCAUAACGACAGAAAGCUGGCGUUGCAUGAAGUGGAGAAGCAAGAGGAAGAAAAGUAUGAUGCCGAAGGUGGUUACAAUGUCUUGGAAAAUAAAUUGGGUUCCAAAUUGGAAAAAGUUCUCACAAAGAUAGCAUCGCAUGCCUCGCGUGAGGGAUCCGCUUCUCCACAGUUACCCAAAACAACUCAGGAGCUGUUUCCCCACCACCGAAUCUCUCGAACUCACACAAUUACCAAUGCCACUCUUUCGCAUCAUGAGGAUUCCAUAGGUAGUGGGUUACACGAACUUUUCAGAACUGUAAGCAGGUCGCUCACGCCAAGUACACAUACUAAUGACAUUCAUGAUAUUUACCGACGUUUGUCGGAAGCAGGCAUAACGAAUACGGCUGCUAAUGCAGCCGACAACAUUGCGGGUAUUGAUAACUAUAAGAAUAUGAAUUUACCAAGUCCGCAUACCGCAUUACAUAACAAGCAUUUUAGUCAUCCGACCUAUCCUUCGCCGGUGUAUCACACUAGUCCCGUCAAUAGUGCUGGCACUUACGCCAAUUCAGAUUCAAUACAACAUCCUCUGAUGGCACGGCAAGGUUACAAGCCUCGCAUUAUAAAUGAUACGGGUGCGCAUGGUCAGAACGCAAAUAUCAUUCGCCCAGGAUCUUCGAAAGAGUCCAUUGAUGGCAACACUCCAUCUUAG